GUCAAAACUCGUUUUCAUCUUCGACUGAACGGUUGUGUUGAGCGCGCUGUUUUAGAACGACGACUUUAAUUUGCGCGUUAUAUUAAAAAAGGCAAAAAGUGAGGUAUUUCGUAAAUAUAUUUCACCAACCUUAAAAGCUUCAAAAUGGAUUGCGGAACAUCGGUGGCCAAGUAUAUACUCUUCAUAUUUAAUACCCUGGUGUCGAUUAUCGGCAUUGUGGGCAUUGUCUUUGGUGUGAUCAUCUUGAAGGAUAUUGGCACUAUUGAAGUCAAUGGCCAGGUUGGAUUCCCGCCGCAGGCAGCCAUUCCCAUUAUUAUUAUCACAAUAUGCUCCGUUGUUGUGUUCAUAUCGUUCUUGGGCUGCUGUGGUGCCAUACGCGAAUCGGUGUGCAUGACCAUGAGCUAUGCUGUUUGCCUGCUGAUAUUGCUCAUCCUGCAGCUGACAGUUGUUGUGCUGCUGUUUACCAACAAGGAUAAAGUCAAUGAUGCCAUGGGCGAGGUUAUUGACAAAGCUUGGGAUUCGCGCGACGCCCGCAACACUGCCGUCUUUGAUGCCCUACAGCAGUCGUUCCGUUGCUGCGGUCGUACCGGUCCCCAGGACUAUUUGCUGCAAGCCCAAACUUUGCCGGAAAGCUGCUGCGACGGCACCUGCUUGGAUCCCAGGAACAUCUAUGGUGGCUGCCGUGCCAAGUUUGUUGACUUCAUGUCCGGAACCACCGAGAAGGCCAAAUACGCGGGCUUGGGUCUGAUUGUCGUUGAGCUCAUUGGCUUUAUAUUUGCCUGCUGUGUGGCCAACAAUGUGCGUAACUAUAAGCGCCGAAAUGCUUACUAAAUGGGAAGUCCUGCUGUUAUGUGAGCUCUAGACCCCAACAUGCACGCACACAUAUAGACACCAGCAGACUAUAACCUGAAUACACAAACACAUUCUCAUUACAUUUUAAAAAUUGUCGUAGAACGCACACAAAAGAGUUAAGAAAACUUGAAAUAAAUUAUUAACUACCUAUACUACCUAAAAGAAGGGAAAACUACUUGUGAAAAAUUAAAAUUAAAUUUGUUUAAAAUCGCUUUAAUACAAAAAAGAAAAUAAGAAAAAACACGAAAAAAUGCUCCAGUCUGGGGCAAAAUGAAACGCUUACUUUUUAUAUUUGCUAUGCAUUCUAAGAAUUUGUAUAUUUGCUCUAAAAAAGAAGAAGAAAGAAACACAAAGAAAUCAAAGUAGAAACAAAGCGCAAAGUAAAUACAAGAGCUGAAAGCAAAGCGCAUCCAAAGCCUUUGUACAAAUUGAACAAUAAUUAACUGUAACUGUAGAGCUAUAGAAUUAAUAACGCAUUGAAGUUACACAAUCUGAUUAAAAGUCUCACAAAUAUGAAAAAAUAUAUGAAUUAUGACAACGUUGUCUUGUUAAUUUCCGUUUUACAAAUAUGAACACAUUUAAAUUUAGACAUAUAUACAAAUGAACGCAUAUAUAUGAGAACCUAUUUUAUUUGUACCAGUAAGAAAAACACAAGUGUCCAAAUAUAUUUAUAUAUAUACAUAUAUAUUAAUAUAUAUACCGUUCAUAUUUUUCUUGUUCCCAAAAGAGAAUUUAUAGAAGUUUUUAUUGUAAUUCAACAACAACAACAAGAACAACAAUUGAAUAUUGUCAAACUCGAAUUGCAUACAACAUUUAUAAAUAAAGCAUUUAAAAAGUACGUAUUUACAUAAUAAACAACAAUACCUAACACUCGAA